AUGGAAAUUCUCAUGGAAAAUUUUCUGCCCGUGGCUUGUGCUGAGGAAACUAUCACAUACAACAACACCCCUAUAUUUCUCAUUGGUUGCUACAGGCUGUUCUCGAUAUGCAAGCAUCCUACUGGUGACAGUGAGAUUCAUCCUAACUCUACUACGGUAGUACAUGAAGGACAAUUCUCAGAAGCCAUAGAGGAUGAUGUGGAGGUGAUGUUGGAGGAGGUUUAUGAACAUCUCGACACCGGAACCCUUGCCGACGUGAAUGAAUUCACUGUGGUAGUUGGGUCUGAAGUUGGUAGUGCCACUGGAUUCUACUCAACGCCGGACAUUGGGCUGGCAGGCCUGCGUGAAAAAAUGCCGACCAGCAGGGUCAGCGUGAUGCGUGACUGGUUGUUGGUCAUGCCAGUACACACUGAUGAACCGCAUAAACACACUGUUUGGCUCUGGACCUCCAUGCAUCAACGCAUUACCAAACGUACUACUCCAGAGGUGAAGCGCCUUAUCACCCUAAUGUCCCAAAUCCUCUACCAAAGGGCUGCCCAACUCAUCAAGGAAUCCCCUUUGAGAAAGCUGGAAACCGCGGGGGUGCUCAAAAAUUUAACAACUGGGAUCUGGAUGUGA